AUGGCCAGCCACACAAUCGGCGUCUUUCCUGCCUCGGGGGGCAUUGGAGGUAGCACUGUCAAGCACCUUCUUCCUCGUUUUCCCGCCAAAGACCUCGUGUUUGUCGCUCGGAAUCCCGCCAACUUGAAAUUGGCCGCUGCUGCUGGAGCAACUGUUCGCCAGGCUAAUUAUGACGAUGACCAAUCGCUCGAGCAUGCCUUUGAUGACAUCAAAACACUAUUCUUGAUCUCGUAUCCCUCGGUCGAAUUUGAGCACCGAGCCGAGGUGAGUCUUUGGUUUUUCAGGAGGAUGCCCUGUAUCGGAGAGACGACAAUUAACCUUGAGAAUUUACAGCGUCACAGAGCGGCAAUCAAUUUUGCUCUUCGCAGUGGAGUAAAGUACAUUUUCUACGGGUCCCUGGGCUUCGCCGGGUUUUCUGGCAGUGAAGCCAAGAAAGAAACUGUGGCGCAUGUAAUGCGUGCCCAUUUAGAUACCGAAAAGUAUCUUGAAGAGUGCAGGCAAGAGCAUCCCGGAUUCGCCUACACAAUUGUACGCGAAGGCCUUUACUCUGAGUCGUACCCCCUCUAUACAGCCUUUUUUGAUCCCCGUAAUCCCGUCGAUGAGAUCAAGAUUCCACACGACGGCUCUGGACCUGGGAUUGCCUGGGUCAAGCGGGAAGAACUGGGCGAGGGAACAGCGGAGCUUCUGAGAAUCUUUGCCAAAGAGCCAAAGGAGUUCCAGUUCCGUAAUUCCACGAUUCUACUUUCGGGCUCUCGGACCUGGACCCUUAAGGAAACCGUGGAUAUUCUGGCCAAAAUCGCAAAAAAGCCGGUAAGAAUCCGUCAGGUCUCGGAUGACGAGUUUGCACGGCAGCCUCAGUUGCCGCCAAAUUUCACUUAUCGUGGAGUAGACUACUCCAAACCCUGGGCAACUUCAUUUGAAGCAUUCCGUCGAGGCGAGGCCAGUGUCGCGUCCCCAUUGCUGCGCGAAUUGCUAGGCCGAGAGCCGGAAGACUUUGAGACCACUAUCUCGCAAGCAUAG